CGUAUAUUUCAAGCGACAGCAACGCGCGCUGUCCGGAGAUAUUCUGUUGAGAGCUGUCGGCGUUGUUGAUAGAGCCCAUCAUCUAAAUAUCAUAUAUCCCUCGACUGUGAAGCAGUAGGGGGUCUCAUAGCAGGUAUGUUUAGCCCCCGCGCCGCCUCCAGCUCCGGCCGCAGGCAGUCGGGCAGGACAACCGGGAGGAGAAGCGUCUCCGGUGCGGCCAACAGCCUGCUGUUUUCCCCGCGCAGGACGGGGCUGUCAGCGAGGUCAACACCCACCAGAGCUCAGAGUCAUGCAGCUGCAGAAUGCAUCAACUAUGAUGUGCAAACCUUCGGCUCAUCGCUGCCUGUCAAAGUGAUGGAGGCGUUGACGAUGGCAGACGCUGAGGACCAGAUCUCAGUGAAGGUGGAUGAGAGUGGCUGGGCGUGGAUGGUUUGCGGAGAGAGAUUGAUCAUCUGGAAGAUCUGCCAGACUGCUGUGGCAAAGUUGUCAGUGUGUAAAGAGCUUCAGCUGCCAAAUAGUGAGUACAACUACACAGCCGACCUCGUGGCUGUGAUGUCUGCGGCUCCUCUGGAGGUAGCCACUGUUCAGUCCAUCUCUGUCUUGGCGGUGGCUGUCGAGGGAACAGCUCGCUUGUGGCCAAGUCUGUCACAGGAAGGAAAUUACACAGAGACAGACAUGGACCUGGGAGAUCUGUGCAACUUUGUUGUGGCUGUCAGAGGUGGCAGCUUUGUCCUGACCUUGGAGAAGAGUCGGCUGUUAAGAGCGACUCCAGAUUCUUCUGGGAAGCUGCAGUACCGAGCCCUGCAGCAGGGUCAGGGGAUGCUCUCAGGCAUAGGACGCCGUGUCUCCAGCUUGUUCGGCAUUCUCUCCCCUCCAGUCAAUGACACGCUUCAUAGUGUGCUGUGGGUGGGCGGAGCCAGCUGUCUAUACACACUGACCAGCUCAAGUGUGAGUAAAUGGGAGCUGGACGACAGCUACGAGCACCAGAUCUUCAGCUGGGAUGCACAGAGAGCUCUGACAGAGAGCAUUGCAGACGCCAUCUGGGGUUCAGAGAGCAACUACGAGGAAAUAAAGGAGGGAGUCAACGUGGCGUACCUGGAUAUGAAGCUCAGUCAAGCCGGCUUGGUGGUUUUGGCUGCGGCAUGGCACCCCUCAGACACUCCCUGUCUUGCUUACUUCUGCCUGGUCACCCUGCAGGACAACGGAGCGGCCAUCUCGGACCAUUUUACAGUGGAGGUCACCAAGUACAGUGUCCCUUUCCAGAGUGAGGAGGCCCUUCAGGCAACCUGGCUGGUGCUGCCACGCUCCCCCGGCUCCACGGCCUUCCUUUACAAUGAGGAGCUGGUGUUCGCCUGCUGGACAGGAACCAGCAGAGGAGGACUACCUGAUGAGAAAAUCAGCUUUAACUCAGCAGGUGAUGGUGUUCGUGGAGGAGGCUGCUGCGCCAACCUGCCAGUGUUUUUCUCCCUGAACAGCGGCCUGGUGGCGGUGGUAGCCCGAGAGAGUGCCUCCAUCCUGCCGGAGACCAUGGAGGACUCCCUGUGCUCCUCGCUAGCUGCAGCUCCAGAGGUUUCAGUCAUGGAGACUCCGGGUCGAGCAGAGCCCAUAGCUCAGGAGGACAAAACCAAACACCUGAAGGCAGCUUUCCUGCAGUUCUGUCGGAAUGAUCUGGUGGGCGCUCAGACGGUCACAGACGAGCUCUUCCCGGUUGACAGUGACGGAGAGGAGGGAGCUGAGCUGGACGGAGUGGUGACUCGAAUAAACCUGGACCUAGUGGACGAUUAUCCGGCAUCAGACCCCCGCUGGGCAGAGUCUGUCCCUGACGAGAGCGCUGGUUUUCCUCUCACCUCCCUCAUCAUCCUCCACCAGCUCGAGGACAAGAUGAAGGCCCACGGCUUCUUCAUGGACUUUCUGCUCCAGGUGGGUCUGCUGGACCGGCUCAGCCAGGUGAAGGUGCGCUCAUCUCCCAUGGCAACACGCCUCCUGUUGUGCGAGCAUGCCGAGAAGCUUCAGGCGGCCAUCGUGCUAAAGAACCAUCACGCCAAACACGCUGAGCUGGUGAACAGAGCCAUCAGCAACGCCCUGCAGAGGAACAACGCAACCGUGCCACCCAGCCUCACGUCCGCCGACGUCUUCUUCAGAGAGGUGUCUCAGAUCUCCUCGGUGUUUGAUUGUCUGCUGGAGGAGGAGGAGCGGAGUCUGAAGGAGACCCCGGUUGACUCGGUGCAGUGGGCUGAUGUGGUUCUCUCCGUCAACAACAUCAUCAAGGACGUUCUUCAGGCUGCUGGUCAGUACAGAGAGACAAAGGCGUCCAUUUACAGAGCUUCAGAAAACGCUAAUGCGGAGCCUGAGUACAUCCCGUGGACAGCAUCAGGCGGUGUUGAUGGCGUUCGAACAGUUAUCUCCCGCCAGCACGAGAUUAUCCUGCGCUCUGUGUACCCGCACGCUGACUCAGAGCUGCGCAGCGCCUUCUGCGAGCAGCUGGUGGCGCUGUUGGACAUCUACUUAGGUGGAUACGUGGCCCAGCUGACCUCCCUGCAGGAGCAGAGGCCCUCAGGGGCCCAACAAGAUCGCUACAACACCCUGGAGAUGGAGUACAGCCAGCGGCGCUCUGAGCUGCUCGCCCCUCUGUUGGAGCUGGGUCAGUACCAGUGGGUUGCAGCUCUGGCUGAGAAGUAUUGCGACUUCGACAUCCUGGUUCAGAUGUGCGAGCAGACAGACAACCAGAGCCGCCUGCAGCACUACAUAACCAAGUUUGCAGACCAGAACUUUGCUGACUUCCUGUUCCGAUGGUACAUGGAGAAGGGGAAGAGGGGAAAGCUUCUGUCUCAGCCGGCUGCUCAGCACCAGCAGCUCGCCAGCUUCCUGCAGUCUCACCAGCACCUGAGCUGGCUACACCACAUCCACAUCCACGACUACAGCAGUGCUCACAGGACACUCUACAGUCAGGCCAACAUGGAGACUCGUUACUUUGUGAAGAAGAAGACGCUGCUGGCUCUCAGUAAGCUGACAGUGCUGGCCUCCAACCUGCCGGAGGACGAGCUCAACGAACAGGUCGAAGACAUCGUGGAGCAGGAGCGCUUCCUGCUUCAUCAAGAGACUCUGCCCCGUCAGCUGCUGGAGGAGAAGCAGCAGAACCCCGAUACCAUGCCUCUGCUCAGCGCUCACAACCUCAUACAGCUGUACAUCUGUGAUGACAACAGACGAGCCAACGAGUACGACUUCAAAAAGGCUCUGGAUCUGCUCGAGUACAUCGACGAGGAGGACGAUGUGGACCUGGAGUCGCUGAAAUGUGAGAUCUUUGGGAAAGCACUGAGGAGUGAUGAUUGGUCCUCUGCUGACGGUACAGACGACCCUCUGGACGCUGCUAAGGACAGCAUCUUCGUCAAAAUCCUCCUCAAACUCAUUCAGGAAGGAGUUCCUCUGCAGACGUACCUGCCUGACGUCAAAGAGCUGCUGGAUUUGGACGAGCUGAGUGGUCUGAAGUCAAAACCUUAUUUUGAGUUUGUACUUCGAGCAAAUUAUGAACAUUACCUUCAAGCUCAGAUGUGAUGACCGCUGCUGGUAACGCCUCCUGCACCUCACCUCUCCCUUUCUAUUCUGAUCGACAUGUUUUGUUUGAUUUGUGCUCUUUUCUAAAUAAAUGUAUUUGUAUUUCUUUA